AGCUGCCUGGCCUGCAGCUACAGCAUCCAGGGUUCAGCUGCUAAAUGAAGCUGUCAACCGUGCCUUGAGGAAUUAAUCAGUGAUCAUCUCGAUAUAGGCAGACACGAGGCACGUUGCCGGCCGGGCAGAUUAUCUGGGUACAAAGCCUGGCUGGCUGGCAUAACAAAAGGACCCUUAUCGUUCUCUGUCUCUCAUCAUUUCUCUCUAGCACCAUGAGCACCGCUGCUGUCUUUGGAGGGCCCCAGCCAUACUCACCAUCCUUGGGCUCCGGUGGUCAAAUCCAGCCAGGUGCUAUCACUUAUACAACCUCUACAGGGCCCGAUGGCGAAACGAUCUAUCAUCCUUUCAAAGCUGUCCCUGCCAGCUACCAGACUCCUCAGGGGGUUGUACGCGGCAUCCAAUGGAUCCCCGCUGAAGCGACCUCCAUCUUGCCUCAGGGCGCUCAACCAGCUAAUGAUGAGUUUGCGGAAUCAUGGCGGCGUGACAGAGAGGUCGACAAGUGGCAAAGAUCAGAAGAAAAGCGCAGAAAAAAAGAAGAGAAGGAGUCUAUCAGGAGACUCUCCAAGCAAUUCGAAAAAGACAGGGAAGAGAAUGAGGUUCGCAUUCACAGGGAACGUCGUCGCAGUUUCUACGGGGAUGCGCCCCCGCCUCCAUCUUAUGCCCCGAGUCACGGGGCUUACACUCAUAGCCCCAGCAGCGAGCUUGAUCGUAAAUUUAACGAUCUGGACCUCGACGGGAGGACCUCGGCCUAUGGCAAUCGUCCAAGGAAGUACUCGAUGAGUGGAGGUGAUCGCACGUACAAUGCACCGCCCGCAGAGGCGGGCUAUGGGACCUCUGUAGCUUAUUCGGCAGCCGGCCCUACUUCCCCCUAUCGUCAAUCUGCGUAUACAACCUCUCCGAACAUCCGCCCUCAAGAAACCUCCAUGUACCCUGGUGGACCGGAUCCAAUCACUCGGGCUGCGUCGCCUUUUGCCCGCGGCAAUGAUCCCAUCGCUAGAGCUGCUUCACCGUACGGUCGACCCCCCACGGAGCCUAUUGCUAGGGCGGCGUCCCCAUAUGGCCGACCUCCAACCGAACCCAUCGCCAGGGCCUCAUCACCUUAUCACCCUGGGUUUGUCCCUCGGGCCCCAUCCCCUGUUCCGCCUCGUGCGCCAUCUCCUUACAGUGCUGCCCAUUCCCCGUACGUAGCUCGGGCACCUUCUCCUUAUGCGAAGCCGCCACCACCUCAUCUCGGUCGCGCGCCAUCUCCAUACCUUCCCCCUCAGGUGUCUCAGAUGUACCCUCCAGGCCACGUCAUGGAAGGCCAACCGAUGUCGAGGUCCCGUGCUCCAUCACCAAUGCCUGGGCCUCCAGUUGCCUUUCCGACUUCGCCGCGCAUGCCGGUGUCGGUCUCUACUAUGGAUCAACAACUUUCCGCGCCGGACGCAUUCUCGCGCCCUGCUAAUGCAGCACAGCCUUACACCCCAUUUGGUAUUAUGAAGAUCCAGGACAUGGAACAAUUCUACGACCAGAUUCCCAGAAUGCCCCUCGUGUUGGAUACCCAUGACGUAUAUCACCAAGAUUGGAUCAGAUUCAUGAAUGAUCUUGCUCUCGGAUGGGCUGGAAAGUUGCCCCUCACUGACCUAUCGCGCGGUCCGCCUCCUAGGCGUUCCCUACUCGUUGCAGACCUCGUCGAUCUAUGGAACGACUCAUUCUUCCUGCCUCGUCGUGUUGAAGUCAUUCUUUUCAAGGGUCACGAGCGCCGUUCUGGUCCCAAUAAGGGCGUCAUCGAUUAUCAACUGCCCGGAUUUGAGGACUACGAUUCGGACGACACUUCGUCGUCAUCGACUUCAUCGGACUCCGAAUCUGACUUGUACCCUGGCUAUGGCAGAGGUGUGGACCUUGCAGAGUCUAAAAGACGGAUUAAGGAGAAAGUGGAGAAGAAGCUCCGUAAGAAGGAGAAGAAGGCCAGGCGAAAGGCCAAAGAGCGCGAAAAGACGUAUGCGCUCUACAUUACUUAUGUGCCUCCCAGAGAUCCUGCCUUUGGGUACUACCCCUAAAUGCAACUUGUCCAGUAAACGACCAGGUUUCGUGUCAAUAUGACGCCAACAUUUUCAUUCGAAUAUCUCAUAUAUCGCCUUGUUCCAUUUCCCCAGUUAUAACAAACCCUGCUUAAAGCUCCCACACAUAGCUGACUGCAGAACUUGUAAAAUCAUUUCUGUACACUUGUAAAAGAUAGCACGAUGCAACAUAUUUAUAUGAAAUC